GAAAUCAUAUAUUUUGUAUUGUAUUCAUUGCUACUGCUGUACAAAAGAACACGAGCUACUACUGCCGAGUGGGUUCACACAUGUAUCGGGCUCACUCCCGCUCGUCGUGUUCGUACUCGGUGCCCUGGCUCCUUCUCGUGCUGGGGUACAGCACGCUCGUCCUUCACGAGCCUAUGCGCGUCGAGCUGGGGCAUGCCGGGCUGUUGCUCGGCGGGCCCUUACAUGCCGCGCCGGGUGCCCCGGUGGACCAGUGCGCGUCAGUUCGAGAUCAGUAUACAUAGGCGGCCGGCUCUUCAAUGCUGUUGGGUCCGUGCACAGUAUGUUGCAUACCUGUUGGGUUUACGCUAGCGGGCUUGUGUCGUCAGCUGGUCGCACGCCGUCAGGAUUCACAUGUACUCGCACCUCAUCUGCAUCAAUAUCUCGUACUUCGGGCCGUGCACCUCGUCCCAGUGCUGCACGUCGAGGUGGCGCAGCGUCCGCGGGAUGAGAACCGUGCGCUUGGUGAGCUCGCACUCGCUCGUGGAUCAUUGCUCGGCGGACUUACACGGAGCGGAACUGGGCGGGCUGGCACUCGCUCGGCUCGGGUUCGUCAGGCUGGUGUAAGUACAGCGGGCGGGCUAUGCUCCUCCUCGCCAUGUUCGUGCUCGAAGCAUAUACACUUCUCGAGCUUGCACAUGACAGCUACGGCCGAGCAUGGCUAUAUCCAGGCUCGACCCGGACCGUCCCGGUACAGACCCGCCACAGCGGGUACGGGUGCGGCGCGGGUAAGUAGGGCAGCGAGAGGGACACACGUGAGAGGGACGACAGGGAGAGCGAGACAGCGAGCAGGACGGCGGGCGAGGAGAGCGACAGCGGGUUCAACAACAGGCGAGGAGAGCGGCGGGCGCGUGAAACAGCAGGCGAGUGGAAUAGUGGGUGUGUGAGACGGAAGGCGAGCGGGUGGGCGAGCUAGGGAGAGGGAGAGAGCGAAAGCGGCCGACCGAGUUGGCGAGCGAGCGAGUUGGCAGAAAACCCAGUAAGGGGAUACCGUGGCGUGCCCGUCCUCAACAAGUCGAUGC